CAGGUUGGCGCAACAACGAGGGCUGAAGGGUCUGUACUGCACUGUAAUGUUCUAUGUUCUAAAUCUAUGCUGACUAUGCCAAAUCAGAUCAUUAUUAUGCAAGUGUUCAUUUAUCACAGCCUUUAUAAUAUAUUCUAACACUUUUCCUCCUCCUAACGUAAGGCUAAUAAUCUGGAGUUCUCUGUUUUAUUGCUGCUUUCUUAAGUAGUGGGGUUACAGUUGUUAUUUUCAAAUCCACAGGAAUCAUUCCAGAAUCUAUAGAAUUUUAGAAGAUACUGACCAAUGCAUCAGCUAUGUCCAAAGCCACUUCCUUCAGCACUGUAGGAUAUAGAAUGUCAGGUCCCAGGGACUUAUCAAUUAAUUAACCUCAUUAAUCCCUCCAGUACAAUCAUCAUACUAAUUUCUUUCAACUCUUCAUUCUUUAUAGCCAUUGAGACUUGUAAUUCUGGUAAGUUUGUUGUAUUUUCUUUGGUGAAUACAGACAUGUAAUAAUUUCGCAUUCUCUGUCAUUUCUCUAUUCCCCAUUAUAAAUUCUUCUGACUGCCUAUAAUGGACCCACAUAUGACUUAGGCAAACCUUUUUGUUUCUAUAGAAGAGUUUACUAUCUUUUUGUUGCAAGAUAGGAUAUGAAUUCAAUCUCCCAUAUCAGUUUCUUGUCCACUUUUGCUGUAUUCUAAAAACCUUCCAGUCUUCAGAUAUUCUAGACUUUCUGGCAAUUCUCCAAUCUUCUGGCAACACUUGAGUUGAAGGAAGAUUGGAAGAUUAUUGUCAGUGCCUCUGCAAUUUGCACAUCAUUUCCAAGGAUAGCCUUAGGUGCAUCUCAUCCACUCUUGGUGCUUUAUCAACUUUAAUUGUUGACAGCUUAUCCAAUAGCUGAUAGUUAUAAAUUUCAAACACUUCUGAGACUGAUGCAAAGUAUUUACUUAAUGCCUCUGCCAUACCUCUUGCUUCUGAAUGUAAAUGCCCUUUUUAGUCUCUAAUUAGCCCUACUCCUCAUUUUACCACCCAUUUAUUAUUGAAGUGCUUUAUAGAAAACUUUGGGAAUUCAUAUUGUUAGAUACCAGUCUUUACUCAGAAUUAAUCCUUACUUGUCUUAUUUGCUUUUCAUGUCCUGUAUUUGAGACAAUUGAGAGCCUUCAGUAUUCAGCUUGGCUCUCAAUUGUAUUUUCUAUCUGACACUGAUAUGACCACACCUUUACAUCCAGGGGCCUAUGGAUUUGUUUACUCCACUGAUUGCUUUUGUGGGAAUAAUCUUAAUUGUGCCCAAAACAUCUCCUUUUUGAAGAUAGCCCAUUGUUCAGCAACUGUUUUUCUCUCUAACCUUCAGUUGCUGUCUAUGCAACACAUCUGUAUUUUCUCCAGUUUGUUGUUAUUUUUCACUAUCAUCCUGAAUCUUACAAAAAAUUGAUCACUGUUCCCUAAAUGACCCUCCCCCAACUGUCUCUUGAUCUAAACGGCCCACCUCAUUCCUAAGAACCAGGUGUAACAGUGCUUCCUUUCUAGUUGGACUGGACACAUCCUGCUGUAGGAAAUUAUCUUAAACACAAUCUAGCAACGCCUGCCCUUGCUGCACCUGACCAUCAUCCCCAUUCCAUAAAAUGUAUAAAAUCCCCUGUUAUAAUUACUCUAUGAUGAUUGCAUCUCAUUUCCUUUCAGAUUUGUUUCUCUACAUUCCCUCCCCACCAGUGAGUGGUCUUGAACCAUGGAAUUACACCCCUUUUUAAAAAAAAUUUCUUAGCUCAACCCAAAUCCAUUCUGUCCUCCACCUCUUCUUGUAUGCCAUGAGAUGUCCCAACCGAUAGCUUUUAUUUUAAACUAUGUGGCUGUGAAAGGGUAUUCUACUGACUUGGUAGAAUCUCUACCGCUAGCCCAGAAGUCUGGGCAUGUUGGUGUGGAAAAUGAUGACAUGCGGUAUUCAGUUUGAUUUUAAAUUUAUGAUUGUAUUUGGGCGGCCACAACUGAGUUGAAAAUGGGUUAAUGUUUGGGCCCAAACAUUUGGGGAGAGUUACACCCGUACAAAUUGUUUUCUGAGCAGCAAGUUCUGCAAUUCAUUUUCUCAACCCGCCUCUCCCGGCCAAUCUCCUUUUGAAUUCAAAUAUCCCUCCUUCUGGGGAUGGUGAGUGGCUCACAGCUGCGGUGCCCUGACUCUGCCGCUGGUUCAGUGCAGUCACCACUCCCCCUCACAGCAUCGGGGACAUGAGCUUGUCCCAGCGAAAACAAAGGGAGAGACAGGUCAGUGCUUACCCUGGGACUCGCUGAAGCGAAAAUGGGAAGCUGCAGCUUCGGGGAGGCUGAGCGACUGAAGAAACCCAGCAGUUUGGAGGCAAUGCGUUUAGCCCGGAGCUGGUGCGGUCACCUAUCCCAGGGAUGGGCUCCGCCUGGAGGGGGCAGCGAGCUGCACAGGAGCCGGAGCCUGUCCCACAGGAGCAAAGAGAAGAGGCGAGAGAAAGCCGAGCGGCUGAGCCAGAGGCAGCGCCCGAACGCCGACCCCAACAGCAGCAGCAGCAGCAGCUCCGCCACGAACCUGUAUGUACCCCGAGCCGCCAGGACAUUCUCGGCUGAGGAGGCGCGGGCUGCCAUUCGGCCCGUCUUAGAAGCCAGGCUGAAAGAUGCAAAGUACGAGCCGCACGGCUCGGCUCUGGCAGUAGUGGAGCUGGCCGAGUGUGUGAAGAAGGCGGUGAAAGCCCUGGGCUACGAGAGAUACAAGAUCAUCUGCUACUUGGCCCUGGGGGCGACCACAUCCUCAGGUCUGUGCUGUUCCAGCAGAGCGGUGUGGAGUCCUACUGUGGACACGUACGCAGAAGUGUGCUUCCAGAACGACUCGCUGUUCGCUCUCUGCCUGGUAUUCGCAGUCUAUCACGAAUAACAUCCAAAGCUGCCACACGGGAUCGCCCUCGGUAGAGCCACUCUUCACCGUAAUUUUUUGAAA